CCCGGAGCAGCAGCAGCAGUGUGAUGUUCUCCGUCUGAAGAUGUUCACGUUCUUCUUCUUCUUCUUCUUCUUCUGUCCCGGUUUCUUCCUGCACUCCGCUCUGAUUGGACGCUGCACGGCUACAGCAGUGAUCCGGUUCUCGGUCCCGGAGGAUCACCACGUCUGCCUGCAGUGUGGCGGGUCCGACAGCUCCGAUGUGGUCUGGACUCACCGGGACAGGAAGGUGGCGACUCGACGGGGCAGUUACGAGACCAACGUCGACCGCCAACGCUACCUCCUGCAGGCCGGCGGCGGCCUCUGCCUCCUGCGGCUCGACGAAUCAGACGGCGGGAAGAUCCUCUGUAACCAGCAGCUGGUGGCCGAGCUGCAGGUGCUAACAGGCUCGGACUUCGCGGUGUCCGCAGGCCGGACGCUGCUGCUCCCCUGCAGCGACUCCCGGACCGUGAAGAAGUGUUCCACCAGAGGGAAGGAGCGCGCCGGUGGGCGCCCGUCCUCACCCGGUUCAGAAACGGCACGGCGAGAGCAGAGAGGACGCGGCUCAGCCUCGGGAACGACGCCCUGCAGAUCGAGGACCUGCGGGCGGAGGACGCGGGGAGGUACAAGUGCAACGGAGAGCGGCUGGCCACACUCAGCGUCCUGCCAGUGCCGCCGGAGCCGACCAGCAUCGAGCAAACCAGCAGUACGAUCGCAACGGCUGCCGUCACAGACGUGGUUGAGACGAAGACGAAGGAGGAGAAGAAGAGACCUGAGAACUGAGUCAGCCCCCGCCUCAUUCAGAAACUUUACAGAUGUUUGGAUGUUUUCGCCGAGCAGAUGUGUGUGUGUGUGGUCUCGCAGCGCUGCUGAUGGUGGCGGUCGGCGGCCUGGCGGUGAUGAGUCUCCUCAUGGCCGCCGUGUGUGUUUUAACUGA